AUGACUAUUGAAUCGCCUUCGGGAACUCUCUGCCCAACCGAACAAAAAUUCAGCAAAAAUGACGAAACCGAGUUAUAUUCCGUGUCCUGGAAUCAGGAUUACAGUUGCUUUUCCGCAGGCACCAGUCAGGGUUUCCGCAUAUACAACUGCAACCCGUUUAAGGAAACAUUUAGACGUGAUUUAAAAGGCGGGAAAUUUAAAACAGUCGAGAUGCUCUGCAAAAGUAAUGUCUUAGCACUUGUAGGCACCAAAGCCGAUGCUCAGCUUUCUCCAAACAACGUCAUAAUCUGGGACGAUCACCAGAGCAGGCUCAUUAGUCGGAUAGAUACAGUGGCGAAUCCAAGGGGCUUAUGUUCGCUCUCAAAUGACUUGAGCGCUUGUGUACUGGCGUGCCCAGGCCUGAAAUGCGGGCAGGUUCGAGUAGAGCAUUUCGGGCUUAAUCUGAAAAAAAUGAUUAGCGCACAUGAUUCUAAGAUUGCUUUCUUGACGUUGACGGCUGAUGGGCUGCUUCUCGCGACUGCUAGCGUGAGAGGGACUCUGAUAAGGAUUUCCAACUCAAUGGAUGGUACUCUAUUGCAAGAGGUGCGCAGAGGGUUAGAUACAGCAGAUAUACACAGCAUUGCUCUGUCUUCAGACGUUCGCUUUUUGGCAGUGUCGAGCGACAAAGGCACGGAUCAUGUAUUUAGUCUCAGAGUGCGGAUGCUUGGUGAGAACACAUCAGCUGAUUCAGAACUUAUCAGACUCUCUCGACUCUUUGAUUUCUCAAAGCAAUGGUGCCAAUCCUGGUUCAUCAUUGUCUUUCAUGAAAGUUUCUAUCGGUGCAGCUUUGACCCAGUGAACGGAGGAGACAUGGUGCAGCAAGAGCAUGUUGACUUUCUUAAAACAGAAACUCGACAUAUAUAGAGACAUACAUAUGCUUCUUAUGUUGCAGCCUGCAGGAGAUAAAUAUGUGUGAUUUUGUAGUUUUGGUUUAGCAAUAUUUUG